CACCUUUUUCCCUCCCGUCAAAGCUCUGUACAAAUUGCUCUUUACAGCCGUGUUUUUGUCAGAGCAACCCACGUUGGAGAGCUUUUUGGCCACUCCUCCCCAAAACGCAGUCGUAGGAGGAUGAUCUACGGCCAGAACGAGAGUGCUCCACCAAAAAGCGAAAAAGCAAGGAGGGCUGCGAUAUCACACUGCUGCGGGAGGACUUGCCUUUUUCUUCUUCGCUCAAUCUCUCUCCCAUUCCUUAUCGCUUGCUCUAGGGAUUGCAGAGUAGAACCCGCGGACUCAGCCCGAUCUGAGCGAACUCGUUCCGCCAUGGAUUGAUCCUCUCAGCUGUCGAGUUUCUCGCAGUUUGUGUUGACUUCUCUUCUUGCAGUUUUUCUUAGCUCGAGUUGGUAAGGUGAGUUGCUUUGCCAUCCUGAACUCGUUUCGUCCGAGUUUUAUCUGGCUCUAUUUCUCCAGAUCGGGUUGGUUCCUUCCUUUCUAUAUUGCGCCAUUUUUGCUGGAAUUUCCCGGUAGUUCGUAACUGGUGAUUGGAGGUGAUUUUUUAGUGAAAUGGUUGGCUUUCGGGAGGAUUUCCCUGUAGUUUAGAGUUGCAGCUUCUGUGGGGGUUGUCUUUUUCUGUUUGUUGUUUCCGCAUCACGUUGGUGAUUCUUACCAAGUGGCUGAGUAUUUUCACUUGCUUUGCUUGGCUGGGUAUCUCUGAUCUGUCAUUUCUGCAUUAUAGAUGCUUUGUUGCAACCAAUUUAGGGGAUGAGAAUUAGAUAUGGACACUUGCGCUGGGGAAUUCAUUUGGUGGGUUCACUUACCUUUGGGUUGUUUUGUUUAAUCCUCUUCAUGAUCUCUAGGUUAUCAGCUAAUGGAAGAUACCGAACCAGUUGGAACACUCAUGGAUUCUACCUCCUGCAAGAUACAGCAGCUCCAGAAGGCAUUUGCUGAGCUCGAAAGCCACCGAGCUGUAACUCUCAACCUGAAGUGGAAAGAACUCGAGGAGCAUUUUCACGGGCUCGAGAGAUCCUUGAAGAGGAGGUUUCACGAGUUGGAAGACCAAGAGAAGGAGUACGAGACCAAGACGAGGCAAGCACAGGAAGCUCUGGAGAAGCGGGAAGCUGCUGUUAAAGCCAAGGAACAGGCUUCAUUGGGGAGGCUCCAAGAGAAGAGAGAUGCUGCUAUGUUCGCUAUUACUAAUGCUUUAGAUAAGCACCGGAAAGUAUCUCCUGGAGAACCUGUUAUUGAAGCCAGUGAAGACCUGUGUGAAUCCCCUCUUGAUGACCAGCCAUCUGAUACAAUGCCUUCUGAGAGUAACUUGGGUGAAAUUGUUAACCCGGGCGAGGACGAAGAUUGUGAGGCAGUGUCUUAUCCUCAGCUGGUCAAAUUAUGUGAAGAGAUGAAUGCUGAUGGGCUGCAUAAGUUUAUAUCUGACAACCGUAAGGACCUAGCUGUUCUGAGGGAGGAGAUUCCACUUGCUUUGAAAGCUGCAGUUGAACCUGCUCAGUUGGUUUUGAACUCUCUGGAAAACUUUUAUCCCUUGGAAGACCCUCAUGUUGAUGGGAAGAAAGAUUCGAUCUUACUGGGUGUUCGCCGAACGUGUAUUAUGUUAAUGGAAUGCCUCAGCAUUUUGCUCAUGUAUUCUGAUCUAGUUUCUGUAUCUGAGGUAAUCUCGGAUGAGGUCAAAGAUCGAGCAAAGGCUAUUGCUGAGAUUUGGAAACCUAAGUUGGAAGCUCUGGACUUGGAUGCAAGCAAUGGGAAUUCCUUGGAGGCACAUGCAUUUCUGCAACUUCUGGCCAGCUUUGGCAUUGCUUCUGAUUUUGAUGUGGAAGAGCUCUCUAGGCUCAUUCCAAUGGUCUCUCGUCGCCGGCAAGCAGCUGAGCUCUGUCGAUUUCUUGGACUGUCUGACAAAAUGCCAGGGGUAAUUGAAGUUUUGGUAAACAGUGGUAGACAAAUUGAUGCAGUGAACUUGGCAUUUGCUUUCGAGUUAACCGAUCAGUUCUCACCUGUACCUCUACUGAAGUCUUACUUGAAGGAUGCGAAGAGAUCUUCUCUACCAGCUAAACCUGGGAAUGCAGCUUGCCCUGUGCAGAAUGAGGUGAACGACCGGGAGCUCGCUGCUCUUAAAGCUGUUAUCAAGUGUAUCGAAGAGCACAAGCUCGAGGAGCAGUAUCCCCUGGAGCCACUUCAGAAGCGCCUCCUUCAGUUGGAGAAGGUGAAAGCAGAAAAGAAAAGGGGAACCGAAGUUCCAAAGCCGCAAUCCAAGAGGCCACGUGCCAAUGGUGUUGGUUGUGGUGGUCCCCGCUCCGCCACCACCACCAGUAACGUUGUCUCUGACAGGACAUUCUAUCCCCCAAGAGUCCCUGAUCGAUAUCCGCAGUACACUUAUGUCUACCAAGCACCUGCUGACAACCACCAUAUGGCGCCACAGUUGAUCCCUGCUGCACCUUACAACUUCAGUCCGUCUCAUGGCAACUACUUCGGAAAUGGGUACCAGUAUCAGACCACAUAUCUUCACUAAUCGGGUAUAAAAAAAGGAUGGCGGAUAAAAGGUGACACUGAAACCUCUUGUUUAACUGUUAGCCUUAACCCUUCAGCUAUUUCUUGUUUUUGUUGUUGUAAUAUUGAGCUUAGAAUCUGAAUCAAGACCCCUCUGAGAAAAAGAAAAAGAAAAAAAGACGGAACAAGAAGGAAAACUCUACUCUCAUGUUAAUGUUUUAAUUUACUGUACCAGUGAUAACUUGAUGAUACUCUAAUAUAUGCACUUUCUUUCCUGUGUAUGCUACUGCCUCUGUUGCCUGGUUUGGUUUGUCAUCCUAUUUGACAACUUCUUGAGGUUUUUGAGUCUGUCUGCUACUGGUUACUGGCAGAACCUUCAUGCAUGUACUCGUAAUGGUUUGUACUACCUAUCAAUUAGUCAAGCUUUGAUUGAAAGCGAGAAAUAAAUCUGUGCCCUUGUU